UGUGCGUAACACGUAACGGAUAAAAGAAGGGAUAAGUGUUCCGCAGCCAACGGCAAUAAUGCAAGUCUGAUGUUGUGACUCAAAAGGGAGUUUAAUUUGCAUUGAUUGCAUGAAUUUUUAAUUUUGACCAAGCUUGUGAUCUGGUUAUAUGGCUGUAUUCGUUCAUCGGUGAACCUUGGCAGAGCCGUUCGUCAAUGCCAUUUCUUUCGGUACGUCCCCGAAUCACUUUGCUGCCCACUUGUCACCGAAAACAUUUCUAAACUAAAAACAUGGCUGAUGACACUGAAUACUUGAAGUUGCCUGUGGAAGACCGUUGUCAGCAUAAGUUAUGGAAAGCUCGCCUUAGUGGGUAUGAAGAUGCCACCAAACUUUUUGGAUCUAUCACAGACCCCAAGGGUCCAGAGUUUCAGAAGUUUCUGCCUCUCAUCAAGAACUUCGUCACAGACAGCAAUGCAGUAUCCCAGGAAAAGGGCCUGGCAGCUGUCCUGUCGUUCGUUGAAAAUGCCCAACUGGCCAAUCGCAUCUGCGGUGAUGUCCUCGCCGGGCUCGUCGCCAAAUGCAUUGCCGCUCCAAAGCAGAAGACACGAGAACUGGCACAGGAGAUCAUCUACAUGUACGUCGAAAUCGAAAAGCAGGAGGUAGUUGUAGAGGAACUGGUUAAGGCACUGGACAACAAGAAUCCAAAGAUAGUGUCGGGAUGCGUGGCAACGUUGCGAGAGUGCUUGCGUCUCUUCGGUGCCCGCGUUAUAGCAGUGAAGCCGCUCUUCAAGGCACUUCCAAAACUUCUGGAGGACAGGGAUAAAACAGUGCGUGACGAGAGCAAGCUGCUGACAGUCGAACUCUACCGAUGGAUUGGAGAUGCCCUGAAGCCACUGCUGCAGUCGCUGAAGCCUGUUCAGGUGUCCGAACUCGAGGCUGAGUUUGCCAAGGUGGAGAAAGGCACUGCAUUGCCUGAGCGUUACAUCCGGUCAGAGCAGGCACGAAGAGCACAGGCAGCUGAGGCUGGUACUGAUAGUGUGGAUGGCGUUGAAGAGGGCGAUGAGUGUGGUGUUGACGGUGGAGCUACUAUUGAUGGAUACGACCUGUUGGAAGCAGUUGACAUCCUCUCCAAGCUUCCCAAGGACUUUUACGAACAGUGCGAGGCCAAGAAGUGGCAAGAGAGAAAAGAGGCGCUUGAAAAACUUCUCGAGCUCACAAGCAAUCCUAAGCUUGAACCUGGCGACUACGGUGAUCUCGUCAAGGCAUUGAAGAGGAUAGUGGCCAAGGACAGCAACGUCAUCGUGGUGGCACUUGCGGCCAAGUGCUUGGCAGGGCUGGCAGCCGGUUUGAGGCAAAAGUUUCACCCAUAUGCAAAUUUGUGCAUCUCAACAUACAUAGAAAAGUUCAAGGAGAAGAAACAGAAUGUGGUGACUGCUCUGAGAGAAGCACUGGACAAUGCAUUCCAGGCCACAAAUUUGGAAGCCAUCUUGGAGGAUGUCACAGGAGCUCUGGAGAACAAGAAUCCUCAGAUAAAGGCAGAGACGACCCUGUUCUUGGCACGUGUCUUCUCCAAGUCUACACCAGCUGUGUUGAACAAGAAGCUGCUGAAAGCAUUGGUGACGUCUUUGCUCAAAACCCUGAAUGACUCUGACCCAGCAGUGAGGGAAGGUGCAAGCAUGGCUUUGGGGACAGCGAUGAAAGUGGUGGGGGAACGAGUGUUGACGCCUUUUCUUGGUGACCUGGACAAUCUCAAAAUGGAGAAGGUCAAAGAGUGCUGCGAGAAAGCAGAGGUGGUUGCUGCACCACCUCAAAAGGCCCCCCGCAAGCCUGCUGCAGCUGCUUCCCCAGCCAAGCGUAGCGCAGAGCCGAAGCCUGAAGCGCCCGUGCAAAGGAAGGCCGCAACUGCCGUGGCCAAGCCUCGUGGUGGUGCCCGUGUUGUGAGACCAGGUGCUGCUUCUUCCACUGCACCGACGUCUGCACCUGCAAGAGCCAUGCAAAGGGCCAAAGCGUCUGGACCUGCGAAAGCACAGUCAGGCAGCAGUGCUUCUUCCAAGCCUGUGUUCUCUGAAAUGGCUCUGGCAGACGAAGAGGUCCAAGGCCGAGCUGCAGCCUUGUUUCCUGAGGAAAGCCUGACGGCUUUGGGGAGCGCAAACUGGAAGGACCGCUUGGCUGCCGUUGAGAAGAUCAAAGAGGUUGUUGAGGCUAUGGAAGGAAACCUGCCUGUUCAAGUCAUAGCAAAGACGCUGUGCCGUAAACCUGGACUUCGAGACACAAACUUCCAGGUGCUGAAGCUCAAACUGGAAACGCUAGUAGUGGUGCUGGGUGGUGGACCUGUGUCCCUGUGUGUGGCUGACUGCUUGCUGCCAGACUUGGUGGACAAGGUUGGGGACAUCAAGAACGGCCAGGGUGCCGCAUCUGCCCUGACAGCCCUGGCGGAGGCCACCUCCCUAGACCAUGUCGGCCAGGAGGCUCUUCAGCUUUGUUUUGCCCAGAAGAACCCGAAGAACCAGAGUGAGAGUCUUAUGUGGCUGGCCAAUGCUAUCAAAGAGUUUGGACUCAAGGUUCCAGUGAAACCAGUCAUUGAAAAUAUUAAGAAAGGGCUUGCUGCAUCGAAUCCUGCGGUGAGGACUGCAUCCAUCACUUUGGCUGGUGUACUGUACCUGUACAUGGGCAAGACAUUGAGGACCUUGUUUGAGGGAGAGAAGGCCACCCUCGUGCAACAGCUUGAUGCAGAACUUGCAAAGAUGGAAGGUCAGAAACCCCCUGCGCCCAUUCGGGGAGUGCCAACUUCCUCCGUCAAUGAUGGUGGAGGCGAUUCUGCAGAGUGUGCACAGGAGGAGCAAGAAGCUGCUCUUGACAUGGAGGACUUGGUUCCUCGUACUGACAUCAGUGGCCAGCUGACUGAGUCUCUGCUAUCGGAGCUGUCGGACAAGAAUUGGAAGGUUCGCCAGGAGGCUCUCCAGAAGCUGGCAGCCAUCGUAGACCAGGCCAAGUUUAUUUGCCCGGAGCUGGGUGACCUGCCGGCCUCCUUGCGAGCACGACUACUCGACUCUAACAAGAAUUUGGCUAUCCAGGCCCUGAACAUAUGCCAGUGCCUGGGUGUAGCCCUAGGCCCCCACUGUGGACCCUAUGUUCGUACUCUUGCACCUGGCAUGUUUGUUGCACUGGGUGACAGCAAGAACAUGGUUCGUGCGGCUGCACUUUCCUGCCUCAACGAGUGGUCUUCACAUGCCAGCCUGGGGACCUUCUUUGAAAACGAGAUGCUCAAGGACGCGCUUAAGGCAGAAAAUCCCCUGCUUCGAUCUGAGUUGUUUGGCUGGCUAGCAGAGCGGCUGGGUGCGUGCGACGCCAAGGGAGUGCCCGGUGCAGAGCUUGCAUCGUGCCUGCCGCAGCUCUACCAGUGCCUGGAAGACCGUAGUGGGGAGGUCCGUAAGAAGGCUCAGGACCUGCUCCUUCCGUGCAUGCUUCACCUUGGCUACGAGUCCAUGGCACGGGCCACUUCCAAGCUCAAGGCUUCCUCCAAAACGCUAGUCAUGGCUCAGCUGGACAAGGUCCGGCCGCAGCUUCCGGCAAAGGUUCCGCCCCAGGGCAAGGCCACCAUUCUGAGGGGUGGGAGCUCCCAUGCGGCGGCUGCACCGCCACCGAUGGCUGCCCACGCACAGCCGACCAAUCAUCCUGAGGCGGUUACACCUGAAGAGGAACAGGGUGCCGUUGGGGGAAGUGCCGGCGGCCGCCUGCACAAGAGCAGCUCGAGGAGCAAGCAGCACUCGUGCCUUGGAUCCGCGAUGCCUGUGAAGCCCGGGAGCUCUGGCAAGUCAUCUCGGAAGGAGGAGGAGGUGGACAUGAGUCCCCUGCUGUCUGUGAACAAUUUGAAAGAACAGCGAAUCGCUUUCGAAAGGGCCCUCAAGCUGCUCAAGUGGAACUUCAGCACUCCACGUGAGGAGUUCUACCAGCAGCUGAAGGAGCAGAUGGUGGUUGCCAACUGGGCCCCUUCACUGGUGGCCAAUUGCUUCAGUGCCGAUUUCAAGAUGCACAUCAAGGCCAUUGACAUGCUCCUCGAGUUUCUGAGCAGCUCCGGUGGUGUGGAAGCCACCAGUGCCAAUGUGGACCUUGUGCUCAAGUGGCUCACUCUUCGCUUCUUUGACACCAACCCAAGUGUUCUGCUGCGGGCUCUGGAGUACCUGCAGGCGCUGUUUCCAGCGCUGUAUGAUGCGGGCUAUAAGAUGCAUGACCUCGAGGCAUCUUCCUUCCUGCCGUACCUGAUCCUCAAGGCUGGGGAUCCUAAGGACACGGUGCGCAAAGGGGUGCAUGAUAUCUUCCGGCGCAUCUACAAGGUCUUCCCAGGCAUCAAAGUGUUCAACUACCUCAUGCAGGGUCUGUCAUCCAAGAACGCACGCCAACGUGCAGAGUGCUUGGAAGAACUGGGCUUCCUUUUCGAAGUUCUCGGCCUUCCCAUCUCUGAACCCACACCCCCGGUGCUUCUCAAGGAAGUGGCUAGGCACAUUUCGGACAGGGACAAUGCUGUGAGGAAUGCAGCGCUCAAUUGUGUCGUACAGGCCUACUUCCGCGAGGAGGAGAGGGUCUUCAAGUACAUUGGCCAGCUUUCGGACAAGGACAAGUCUCUACUGGAAGAACGCAUCAAGCGGGCGUCACGCACGCGCCGCAUGACUGUGCUGCCACCUGAGGAAUCCCCGCCUGUCAAGAACCCGACACCGCCACGUCCGCAGUCGGCUGUCUUUGCAUCUGCCACCAUGAUGGAGCCAGAGCCUGAGCCAGAGGAAGUAGUGCACAGACGUCCCAAGAGUGGCACUCCGUCAGGGGCACGUCCGCGGUCGCUUGGCGUAACUCUCAGCUCGGACUUGGAACGCAUGCUGGAGCAAGCGGCCUUGGCACCAUCCAAAGUCGCGGGCCUUCAGGAGGUGGAUGCUGAUGCCAUCUUGGCUGAGCCAUCCAUCCAGCUGCCGCCCCGCAGAUGUCUUGAGAAAAGUGCCAGCCCUCCAAGCCAUGCUCGCAGGCUGCCCCUUGACACAGACUCCUUCGGCAACAUCAUUUCGCGGUUGACGUCGCAGGAAAUUGCAGUUGUGCUUGAAGGCCUGGCCCAGCUGGACACGGUGCUCGCCACCGAUGGCAGUCCUGCACUGCUGGGCGGUGCCGACCAACUGGUGAACAUGAUGUCCCUGCAGUACCGGCUGCUGCACACCAAGCAUAUAACCGAUGACUGCGUGGCCAAGGCAGACGUCAUCGAGCUGUACAGCCGGAUGGCAGCUGUACUCCUCAAGGUGUUUGAUGGCCGCACGUUGGGGCGGCGUGUGAGCACUGGCGUUCUGAAGGAGCUGCUGCCUCAACUGCUGAUGGUUCUGCUGGACAAGCGAAUCACCGAGUUCCGCCAUGGGCCUCACCUGCAGCGAACAGUCAACAUCCUUGCUCUCCACAUCAUCCGUAAUGGGAACCCCAGCUGUGUUCUUAGUGCACUGAUAACGCACCUGCACGACUGCUUGGGCAACAUGAGUACCCAGGCGUCCGAAAAGUACAUUGACUUGGUUGUCAAGUGCUUGUGGAAGAUGAUGUCCUCGCUCGAGAACAUCGUGGACGAGCUGAGCCUGGAUUUGGUCCUGUUGGACCUGCAUCUGUUUCUGAAGGCGUACCGUGGUUCCUUCUGGGAGGGCCGGCCUUCAGACACACCAUUGCGCACAGUGCGCACCAUCAUCUACAAGCUGGUCGGGCUCAAAGGUCACAAGCUGCUGACAUAUGCAGAGAUGGUGCCAGGCCAAGAGGAGUCUUCCCUUGUGAAUACAAUUACCAAGAUGCUGAAGAUGCACGCUCGGAAAAGUGCGGAGAUCUCUGCCAACAAGGGUUUUUCCGACGACUCUCAGAACAAGAGCAACGAUGAAUCUGAGCAGAAGAGUGUCCACCAGCAGUUCAAGAAUGUGAUGCACAAGUUGAGCAGUGAAGACGACUUUGACGAGAACAUUCAGGUACUGCACCGGCUGUGUAAGAAGAACCCAGGCAUCAAUGUGGACCAGCUUUACCGCAGCCUUGCACCCCACGUCCGCGAGCUAGUGCGAACACGGCUAAACGAACUUGAAAGACAACCUCCAGGCUCCAAUGUAGCACACGUUCUUCCUCUGCGCAUGAACGAUACCAAUCGCCACAGCUACUCUAGUAGUCCUCGGAAAGGAGACUUGUCGAAGCUGCCCAAAGACUACAUGCACUGGAAUCGAAAACAGUGGGCAACUCGCCUUAAUGCAGUCUUGGAUCAGCUGAAUGUCAAGGGGCACUUUAGUAACGAUGACUAUCCCUCGUCGGAAGACAUUCCCGACAUAUUCAGUGAACCCCUGCAUGUUCACGAGGCAAGGUAUCAGCAAAUUGUGCAGCAGUCGGAGGACUUGACGAAAACAGCGCAGCAGAUCAUCGCCGACCUCAGGAAUCGUGGUAGAAGUCCGGAGGAGUCGCACUGCUGAGCAGCAGGGCAGUUUAGGUGCUUGUUUAGCAGACAGCUAGCUAUUCGCCCACACCACGCAUCUGACGAAUAACGUAUUCAUCCUGUGUAAAUAAAUGUGGAAAUUAACGUAACUAGUAGCAUCCCUUAGGCUUCAUGAUGUGCUUUUAGUUUAUCUGCUUUUAAAUGUGCUUUUAUUGACGCGAAUAAAUUAUUCCACCAAGAAA